UUCACCAUCUAUCUUAUAGUUUUUAAUUUUCAAUUCUUUUUUUUUUUUAAUAUAAUUUAAUAAACUUAAACUCCUUUAUAUUAAUUAUGUCGAAUCUUCCUCGUUUUGGCCGUACAUGGAACCGCUUCUCUUCUUUGCCUCGUCCUGUUAGUGCCCCACGCCCAGAAAUUCAACCGUUGACGACGGCCACGGAGCCGGAAGUUCCAACAACCGCUAAUGUUCUUCAAACUUCUCCUAUAAAAGAAAGAUCCCCUCGAAUUCCAUCCCCAGUUGCAAAAUUUCCUUCGCCGCCUUCUUCUCCAAAAUAUGGCGUCGCCACCACCAUUUCGCCUCGCAAACCACUAUCUCCAACUCCGGCGUACAACCGUUACGACGGUGAACGGCGGACUAGUGCUACCACAUCUCCCAAAGCCUUCAAGCCCACCCCUGUUUCUCCACCAUUGUCUCCGCCCAAGCCUAAACAUUCUACCCUUGCCGCCAUUGCCACCGCUGCACCACUCUCUCCUCUGGCUCUGCCGCGGUCGGAGGUGAGACGUGAACCUGAGCACACCGUUCGACCUCGGAGCCCACCAGAGGUGGAACAGAAAAAGGUCCUUUACCAGACAACGAUGGAGAAGACAACGAAAACCGAGCACCGACAACCAGAGUACAUCUCCGGCAAACCCAACCAGAAGCAUCAGCAUAAUCAGCAGCAGCAGCAACUUCAAAGUGAUGUUAUAAACAUAAAAGGUGAGAACGUAGGGGCAGUGAUGCACAUCACUCAAUCAUCUGAUGGCUCAGAAAUCGUCAAGAAAAAGCCAAACAAGGAAAACGAAGAGAAAGCAAACAAAUCAACUCCAAAUUUUCCAGCAAAACAGUUCAUGAACAGCAAUUUUCAAGGCGUCAAUAAUUCUAUUCUCUACAAUUCGUCUUUAAGCCACCGUGAUCCAGGCCUCCACCUUGCUUACUCCAAGAAGCCUAACCAUGGCGAUUCUCUUCAUGACUCGAGGCACUAAAAUAUGGACCUAUUAUUGUUAUUAUUUAAGCUGCUUAAAUAAUUAUAAUUAUAAUAAGCCAACAAUAUCAUAAAUAAUAAUUAUUAAAUCAUUUUAUAUUCAUAUAUAUAUAUAUAUUGAUAUGGGAUGUAUUACCAUUCUAUAAAAUAUGUAAUUGGGUUACUAUUUGGAAAGUGAGUUAUUAAUGAUAAAAGCUACGGUGAGAUAUAUUCCCAAUGUUCA